AUGUCGAAUUUGGCAAAAAAAAGGUUGAUACGAGAUUUCAGAAAACUUCAAGUAGAUUCACCAUAUGGGGUUAGCGGGUCUCCUAUAGGGAACGACAUAAUGAAAUGGAGGGCUGUUAUUUUUGGACCGGCUGAUACCCCGUGGGAGGGAGGCACAUUUCAGUUAGAACUUUUAUUUGGGAAUGAGUACCCAAACAAACCACCAAAAGUAAAAUUUUUAACGAAAAUGUUUCAUCCGAAUAUAUACAUGGAUGGAAAUAUAUGUAUCGAUAUUCUUCAAAAACACUGGAGUCCUAUUUAUGAUAUUUCCGCAAUUUUAACUUCAAUUCAAUCGUUGUUGAGUGACCCUAACCCUAACAGUCCAGCUAACCAAGAAGCUGCCCUUUUAUUUGUUGAAAAUAGAAUUGAAUACAACCGAAGGAUUAAAAACUGUGUUAAGGAAUCUUUUAACUUUAUUGAGCAUAAAGUUCAAGAAGAGGAAAAUAAUAAAGCAUAA